AUGAAUCACUACCACAACCCGAUAUCCAUUGAGGACUCGAACGUCAUUUACACCAAUGUAGCGUUUAACGUUUCAUACGGCGUGGACAAGAUGAUACUUACAAUACUGGAAGCAGAUAUCACGCUGGAACAAAUUGUGAUGUUUUUCUUCUCUUCACCAGCGGGUCAGAUACUCGUGGGAAUUUAG